CAUGUCGCGGGCCGAAAUGGGGGCGUGUCUGUGUAUGUCAACGGCAAGCCGAUUUCAAAGCGCUACUGCCGACGUGAUUCUAAAUCCAUUUCCGGCUUUCCGGAGCGGCAACCAAGAAGUUCCAAUGAGAGGAUAUGCCGGUCCCCUCCCACUCUCAUUAAAGUAUUCUGAAGCUUACUUCCACUGUUUUAUUUGUCAGGGAGCCACAUGGAAGUUAGUCAACCGCUUUCUAAACAAUCCAUAGAAUCCCCGUAAUCAGCUUCUAUUUCCUUCCUUUCCAGGGGCUGCGGGGAUUCAUUUGGUAUUGCCUUUGGAAUUAGCGGCACAUGGCUUGUUUUGCAAUCCCGGUGCUGGGUUGGAAAUAUGUGGUGAUAUAAAUUCCCGAGAUGUCUGCUUCGGUUUGAUUCUAUAACCAUCAUAA